CGCAGUUUGUCGCCCGCCCUCCAACCCUAUUUUGCUCUCAUCACAGCGCCACGACCGGCUAUUGUAAAACUGACCAGCGCGUGAUUCAAAUUCAAAUUUGAAAAAGAGUCGUCAGCUUACAGGCAUCAAACGCACAAGACGAGCAGGCGCGCGCUCGCAGCAACGCGAUGAAAACAAGCAUCCGCUGCCUCAGGGUAGGCGCAUGCACGACGACGCCUCCGGCUGCUCGUCGCGGCACUAUCAGUGCUAGUGGUGGUAGUAGUAGUGCCCUGCGGCUCGGCCCUCGUGUUCCGGCGCCUUACCUAAUACUAACACCGUCGCGUGCGCUUGAGCCGUACGCGCCAACUACAUACGUGGUUCCGCCAUCCGCCGCCCGAGCUGCGGUGUCUCGGCGUGAGACUCAUCACCUGUGUUCCCGAGUCGACGACCGCGUCGGUGGUAAGACCGACAGCGACAGUUUUGGAUAUUCGAAAACGUCUCCCGGCACCUGCUGCUUUGUUCGAGCCAGGGCCGUGGGUCACCGCUGCUGCUUGGCAGCUCCCUUUACCUCUGCCGCAUCACGCACCAUGGGCGACGAUGUUGAUCGCGGGCCGGACGCCCCAGAAGAGUCGCCGUUCCCCCUUACGGCCGUGGACAAAUGGAUACUCUCACAGACGGAUGAAGAGUUCAAGCUGCACGACUGGGAGGACCUGAAGCAAAUCAUAGAGUCCAACAACCUGUCUAUUCUCAAGCGCAAGCCUUCGGACCUCCGCCGGUAUAUGAAGUGGACGGCCGAGACCAAGGCCGCGUACGGGUCCAUGACCAACUACAUACUCACUCACCGACUGCCCAAGAGCUGGGGUCAGCCGCCCUUCACGCCCUCAUCCACCGUCCCAUUCGAGGACCCUGCCGACUUCAAGGUUCUCCUCAACGACUGGCCGUAUGGACUGGAUCCCAACAUCACGCACAUUGUCGUGUGGUCGCGCACCCUCAUCCCCACCGACGACGACACGGGCGACAUGACCCCGGAGAGCAGGAAGCUGGUUGGCGACUUUGUCAAGAGGUACUUUGUCAACACGCUUGGGCCUGGAGGCGACAAGCAAGUGUUGUGGUUCAAGAACUGGGUCGCACUCCAGAGCGUGCGGUCGUUGGAGCACAUCCACGUGCUGGUUCGCGACGUCGACGACGACACUCUGGAAAGGUGGUCAGGAGAGCGGCCGAAGCGCGGCAGCGCAUAGAUAAGGCAGCGUUGCGCUGGCAAAUAUAGAGUUGAAUAUAAACGCCCCGGACGGAAGGAGUGCCUAUGCCGUCCGCCUCGAACGGCGGUUCCCCUGUGGUGCCGCGCUCUGACCAGGGCCUGCGGCGCCUUGCAUUUCGGCCAUCUUCUGGCGGCCCAUGCCCAGCAGCCCAGAGCCGAGAUAGAUGCCGUACGCGGGAAUCACUGACCAG